AUGGCGAUGGAUCAGUUGCCAAAAACCCUAUUCAAAGAGGGAGCGGAAACACAAGUUGAGAAGGUCAACAACACAUGUCGAACUUCCAUACUUAAGAAGGUGGAGAAGUAUGUUGAAGCAGAGUACAAGGAAGUGUUGGGUGAUCCACUAUUUUCUCAGGUUAUGGAUAUUUAUGUGCACAAGCUUCAGUAUUCAGGGAGAGUGAUCCACAGCUUCGUUUGUAAGCAGCUUCUGACCGCAAAGCGCCAUGAGUUGUGGUUCCAUUUUGCUAGGAGUGCUCUCAGAUUUUCAAUGCAAGAAUUCAAUGCGAUCACUGGUCUGAAAUAUAAAGACGACGAGCCUGACUUGGAUAUUGAUAACUGGAGAGGUGAUAAAGGGUUUUGGAGUAAGUUGCUGCGGAGAAAAGGAAAAAUUAGCCUACAACAAAUCAGGAAGGUGCAUCUGAAAUCUUGUAAUACAUGGUCUCAUGUUGAUAGGCUGAGGAUGGUGUAUUUGUGUGUGAUUGCUGGUCUGGUUAUGGCGAAGGAUGAGAAGGUGUGCAUCCCACACAAGUACAUCAAGCUGGUGAUGGAUUUCGAUAAGAUGAGAAAAUAUCCGUGGGGUCUUCACUCUUUUGAUGCGCUUGUGACUUCCAUUACUGAAGCUAGGGAUAAAGUAAAGACGCAGAACAUUUAUGUCAUAGAUGGAUUCUCUUAUGCACUUCAGAUUUGGUUGAUGGAGGCUAUUCCAGACAUCGAGUCUCUUUUGGGUAAGAAGCUCAAAGAAGGGGUCACUAGCAUGAGAUGCAGAAAUUGGAAAGGAUCUGCUAAGGUUUCCUAUGAGGAUAUUAUUAGUAUUGAGUCCGAUUUUGCAUCCACUGGAGUUGUGUUUCCAUACAUCUCUUCAACUGGAAAUGGCAACAUCAUUGUUGAUGCUGGGUUUGAGCGAGAAGAUGAGAUGAAUGACGAAAGGGUCGAUCUGAUCAUUGACAUGUACAGAAAGAAGUAUGACUGGAGUAAGCAUGUUUGGGGUUAUCAGGAAACUGAACAACCAUAUGCGGACAGUUCUGAGGAUGAUGGUUCAAAGGAAGAAGAGGCUGGAGAAACAAGUGACUGUGGAAUGGAAGAAGAAAUAGAAACCGCCCAUGUGUCUCCUGCAAAGAAGAGAAAGAACCAGUAUCAGGAUAUUGGAGCCGAGUCAAGGAAGAAGAGGUUACUUUGCCAAAGAUCAACCGACAAAUACAGAGAUCUUGAAGAGGGUAUGAAGUCCUAUAUCCAGGGUAUGUUUAAGUCUUCUUUUACUGCCUUAGGGCUUGAGGUCCGCGACUUAAUUGAAGACCGGUUUACCAAAUUAGAGCAGACGAUCCUUUCAUCUCAGACUCCAGUUGGUGUUCCGGCUUAUACUCAGACUCAUGGCGCUGCUCCGGCUUAUACUCAGACUCAUGGUGCGGCUCCGGCUUAUACUCAGACUCAUGGUGCUGCUCCGGCUUAUACUCAGACUCAUGGUGCUGCUCCGGCUUAUACUCAGACUCAUGCUGCUGCUACGACAUCUACUCAAGCUCCUGGAUCAGAUUCUACUCUUUCUCCUACUCCUACUCCGGCGUCUACUCACACUAGUGCUCAUGCUACUACUUUCCGCGCUCGAGCUUCCCGCAACAAAGCUUCGGUUCCUUCUCACACUGGUGGUCCUGCAAUUGCUGCUAAGACAAGGUCUCAGACAAAGGAUCCAGAGUUGUCUGAUGUGUUUGGCAGCUUAUUUGACACUAUAGAUUUCAAUUUAGGGACCCAAGAGCACUUACAAAAGACAAUGGGCAAGCUUACACAAGAGUCGUAUGUUAAGGGGUUUGAUCCAUCUCAAGAGAUCUUCAACCGACCAUUCUUGAAUGAUAUAGAUGAUCCAGAAGUCCGUUGCAAAGACAGCGACUAUGAAUUGGUUUUUGUUCCAGAAGACAAAUUUUCCAAACUAACUGGAUGGAUCCUCAAGCCCAAGUAA